AUAUAACCACAUCAGUAAGAAAAUGUCUGUAUCCAUUAAGGUAAUUAGACGAGACCAGACAGAAGGACCAAAUUGGAAAUGAAAAGGAAAUACUCUAUGCGAGUUUCUAAACUAGACCAGGGGACAUGUUAAUGACCCAUGUUUACUAUACUAUGGUAUUUUUAUACAGGUUAUGGAGGCUACUGGAGCAUGGAGGAUUCGGCAAGAUGGUGGUGAUGCUACUUGGGAACAAAGGACACUACCAAGGGGAUGAUAGACAGGUGACAUGGCAAAGAGGGAAGGAGCUGGCAGACGAGGCUGGUAUUAAAUUUCUCGAAGUGUCUGACGUGACAGGGACCAAUAUUGAGCAAGCUCUGGUCAGCAUCACCAGUGCUAUCUUAGCUAAGGAGACAAAUGUCAUAUCAAGUGCCAAGCCUUCCGUGUUCUGUUCCUUACAAUGACCAUGACUGAACCUGCCUUGGACAAGCC